AUGGCAACUAACGCGAUUGACUUUUAUUCUCACCGCGAUGGCCCCAACCCUUGGAAGAAUAUUAUUCUUUUUGAGGAACUGGGCAUUCCUUACAACGCUACAUAUCUCACCUUUGGAGAUGCAAAUGGUGGUGUUGAGCACGAAGACUUUUUAAAGAAAAAUCCAGCUGGACGUGUCCCAUGGAUUAAGGACCCCACAACUGGCAUUGAGCUGACAGAGUCCAACCUGAUCAGCGAAUAUUUGGUCGAGCACUAUGACAAGAAGGGUAUAUUUAGCGUGGAUGGCGAGCAGAAUCAGCUUCUUAUCAAGCAAUGGCUCGGGUUUCAGGCGGCCUCUCAGGGACCAUUCUUUGCUCAGGGCCUGAUUGCGCAACACGUCCUGAAAAAUGAGGGCUCAACGAAGCACUUUCAGGCCUUGGUCAAAAGGACCAUCACCACUGUUGACCGCGCCCUCCGAGACAAGGAGUACCUGGUAGGAGACAAGAUUACUCUAGCCGAUCUGGCAUAUAUCCCUUGGGACCUGGCUUUGGAUACCAUUCUCUUGGGCGAUGAAGAGUCUGCAACCGCCGAAGACCGCAAGAAGUUGUGGCCUAACUGGUUUGCAUGGCACAACAGGGUCUUGCAGCGUCCUGCAGUGCAGAAGAUGCUCGCUAUUCAGAGGAAGGCCCAAGGUAAAGAGUAA